AGCGAACUGUCAGCGGAGCCAUCGAGCGAGAAGAGCUGACGUUGGUUUGAGCGCCUCUAUAAAUUGAGCUCUCGGGGCGCCCCUCUUUCCGUGGCGCGCUCGGUGGUUCCACGCGGCGAGGAGGAUAGCAGAAGGGCGGGAGCGAUCGGCGGCGAUAUUCCUCUUAUCGUCGAGUUCUAUUGUUGGGAAAUCUCUUCUUCUCGUCAUCGCUUCCCGGAUUUGGGUUUCCGUCGCUUGACCUUGAUCCAAGACAGUACAACGAGAGGACCGGGUCAUCCAUUAGCUGAGAAAUGGAGGUAUAUGGCAAUUCUAUGAUUGCCGAGCCGAGCAAUGUGAUUUACUUGACCAGUAUUCUUAACAAGGGUGGGCCGGAUCCUAGUCACAAAUGUGACAAGAGAUGCCAAAAUGAGCAUGUGUUUGGAAACAUGUACCGCUGCAAACUAACAGGAUUGACGCACAUCUGUGAUAAAAAUUGUGACCAGAGGAUUUUGUACGAUAACCAUAGUUCUCUCUGCAGAGUGAGCGGGCAGGUUUUCCCUCUUUCGCCAGCAGAAGAACAGGUGGUAAGAGGACUGCGGAGGAAGCUCGAAGUCACGAAAACUGAUGGCUGUGCUUUUAAGCGCAGACGAGAUGCCCAGCUGCGUCCUUCUCCUUUUGAGAGGGCUUUUGCUGCAGUCUCUCCAAUAUGCAAUCAAAUUGGAGAUGGCAUGGAUAUGAGUUAGAGCUGAUUUGGUCCCUCCAUCUCCGUUUCCCCCUUUGUUUCUUCUCUUGCCAUCUUUCUUUUGGAUGGAGUUGAGAACUUUUGUUCUAUUAUGGGACCUGAUAUCGUACUAUAUAUGUCAUGGGUAUGCAGGUAAUCUGUAGUAACUUCAAAUUCAUGUUGCUCUGCUGUAAGUGUUUGAACAUUUAAUUGAGAGUAUAAUAAUCUUGGGUACCAACUGUGGAGGGCUACACCCCCUAAGAGGGUUAUCUUGUUUGAUAAGUUCACACACAUAGCUGCAUCCUAGAAGGUCUUUUUUUACUUUCAUUGCACUAUUUACCUUUUGAGCUUAUCAUUUUCUAUUAUCUUGUUGAUAAUAUCAUGCAUGGUUGAUUUGGUUAUUCUCCUCUCUCUCUCUCUCUCUCUCUCUCUCGAUCCUAAUUAGGUUGUUCUAUGAGCUUAACAUUCUCUGAUACUGUUUUAUGAAAUUUGAUUAAAGAUUAAUUCUGUUCUUCUUGUAGGUCAGUGUGAUGACUUAAAGAGAGGGCCAUGCUAAUUUCUUCUAUAUUUCAUGCAUUCAUACUUUUUUUGUUAAUAAUUGGACUCACUUGAUUUUUGCUUAUUUCUUAUCUUAAUUUUUCAGCAUAUGACAUUAAUGUUAACUUGAAUGGAAGGUUUAUACAACGUGAAAUAAUCACUUUAUAUGUUGCUAAAUUGAGGCGCAGUUUGGUUCUAUUUUCUAAAUUAUCUUUUUAUUACUUAUCUUUACAUGUCUCAACAUCUAUUAUUUUGCAGGUGAUUCUAACACUGAGAGAUCAGUAUAUGAAAAUUGUUAUUCACUGAAUUGAUUUUAAUUUUAAUAUACAAGGAUUCAUGGUCCCUAACCUGAUAUCUCAAAUUUUCAGGUGGAAAAUGAUGACUGCAGUAUGAAUCUCUAAUCAUAAGAUGUGAAAAGAUGAUGAUUACUCUCUAUGAGCUUGGUGGUGAGUUUGGUGCAUUGGCUUCUCAUUAUCCAGUCAUUAACAAAGAAAUACAAUGGGACAUCCUUUCAAAGAUACUGUUGAUCUAGCAAGGAACCUUGCGGGCUAUCGUCAUCGACAGCCAUACAAAACCAUCCAUUGUUUUUCAAGGAGGUUUGUCGCUGCUUUGUGCGACCAAAAUCAAACACCAGUCUCCUUCCUGCAUGCACCGGGUUGCUUCAGUUAAAAAUCAUGGGCGGUCAUUUUCAUUGAAGAAUUGGUAAAGCAUAAAACUUCUACAAUCUGAGGGUGGUCAGACUUAUCAUGACCACCACCAGCAUUUCCACUGUUUGAUAGAUUGUAUAUUUAUGGUAGCACAAUAACAUUCUCAAAUUUUUACGUCUGUUGCAUCCUGUUUUACGGACCAGAGUAUUUUUCAUUUUUUUGUUGUCUGUAUCUUCUGCCAAUCUCUUUGUUGGUGAGUAAAUUGCUUGUUGCUCCAA